UUUCAUCCGGGUAUUCCAGGAUUUUUAUUUUUUUUAAUUUUUUUAAGCCAGUGAAAAACUAAAAUUAAAAUAUAAAAUGCUUUAACAGUAACACGAAUAAAACAUUCUAAUAAUUCUAAAUAAUUAUUUAUUAAAUGAAGUCUGAUACGAUCCACGUUUAAAGAGUAAGUUGUGGAAUGAAUGAGGGGAAGUCACUUCCGGUAACGGUGCGAUGACGCAAGCACGUCGGCACGCUUUUAAGAGCUUCAAACAAGGGGCGUGGUUUUGAUUACGUGAGCUCGGCUGGGAUUGGACGCGCUGCUGUGUCACUUCCGCACCCCUGCGCCGAGCAGCCGUUCCGCGCAUGCGCAGUGACGCUGUCCGUGUUAAUUUUAUUUACUCUUCUCCAAAAAAUCCAAGAUGGCUGUCGUGAGUGGAGCGGAGCGGAGCGGUCCCCUGGCCCCCGGACAUGGACAACAACAAGCGGACAACAUUAACGUGUAGCCGGCCAUCUUUAUUCACCUGAACGCAUCCGUGAGGAGUGGAGGGGGAUUAUUUAUAAGUGCAAAAGCUGUGGAAUUAUCCGGCUGGAGUGUGUUUAGAGCGGGUCGUUAGGAAGUUGUGUGUGUGUGUGUGUGUGUGUGUGUGUGUGUGUGUGUGUGUGAGAGAGGUGAGGUGGCCCUGCUCCAAAUGGCCGAACCCAGAAAAGUCUCCUUUGUCACUCUCUCGGCUUUCACCGCCGCUCCUCCUCCGGGAUCUGACGCCAGGAAGCGGCGCCUGGACGCGGACACCGAGUCGAGCCUGAGCCCGGAGCCGGGACUCGGAGCUCCUGAGGCGGCUGGUUCGGGUAAAGCUCCGGGGCAGAGCGAGACCAUGCGGAUCACCAUCACCCUGCCCGAGAGCACCGAGCUGAGCUUUCCUGAAUUCAGCUACAGCGAGCUGCUCCAGGAUAAAAAAAAUCCUGCCGCUGUCACGCAGACUCGCGACCCGUUUAACGACGAGCAGCGACAGGAACAGGAAGUGGAAAUGCUGGCCAGGAAGUUUGAGAGCAAAUACGGUUCGGGGUGCAGGAGGAAGCGUAAGGAUCGGGUUCAGGAUCUGGUUGAUAUCGGGUUCGGUUAUGACGAGAGCGACUCGUUCAUCGACAACUCCGAGGCUUAUGAUGAACUGGUUCCUGCGUCUCUCACCACUAAACUGGGAGGGUUUUACAUCAACACCGGCACGCUGCAGUUCCGCGACGCCUCCGAAUCCGAGAGCGACGACACAAAGAGACGCGACGACAGCAGGGGUGAUGAAGAUUCAGAGGUGAAGAAGAAGAGGAGGAGAGAUGAAGCAGAGCUGGAGGAGAAGAAGAUGAAGAAUAACCGGCUAACAAAGCCAGCCGUGUGUCGUCCGGAGAAGAAGCGGAGGAAGAAGCUGAUGCUGGCGGCGAUGCUGAGACGCUUCGCACGCGAGAAGAAAGAAAUGCGCAAACUAAACAUGGCUAACAGCACACAGCUCCUCCACGGCGACACGCUGCUCGGCGACCUGACCUCCGACCCCGCGAUGAUGUCACUGCUCACCUCGGCCAAUGAGAGCGAGCUGCAGGACCUGCUUGACCUGGACUUCAGCGCUCUGGACACCACGCCUCAAACUCAGCUCGCAGAAAACGGACUGAUGUACGCAGGGGCGGGGCUGAGAGCAGCGGGCGGGGCUUAUUUGAACCGAGGGGCGGGGAUUGUGUGUCCUCCUCCUCCUCUUCCUGAAGGUCUCCCCGCCCCGCUGGUCAAACGCAUCGAAGAUCUGCAUGCGGCGUCCAGACAGUUCGAUGAGGAGGGCAGGAAGAAGUUCUUCACCUUGGACAUGAAUAAUAUUUUAUUAGAUAUUGAGCUGCAGGUACAGGAACAGUCUCCCUCCGUUCGUGCUGCUGUGUAUUCUCACCUCGAGGCUUUUGUUCCCUGCAACAAGGAGGCUUUACUGAAACGCCUGAAAAAACUCAGCCUCAACAUCCAGGAUGAUCGUCUCCGUACUCCUCUGCUGAAGCUGAAGUUAGCUGUGUGUAGCGUGAUGCCUGAGCAAACAGCCAGAUACAACAUGGACUGUAUGGCUAAAGUAGCAGCCAAGCAGCAGAUGGAGGACGGAGAGAGAAACGGCUCAGACGAUGAAGAGGAGGAGAAACCGGGGAAACGAGUGAUGGGGCCGAGGAAGAAGUUCAUCUGGGACGACAAACUCAGGACUCUGCUGUGUAACCUGGUGCGGGUGAAGUUACGGUGCUAUGAGCAGGAGAAGAGUUCUCUCUCUGUAGAAGAUUAUCUCAAGGUCUUCAUGGAGAACGAGGUCAAACCGCUCUGGCCCAAAGGCUGGAUGCAGGCCAGGAUGCUGUUUAAGGAGAGCCGUACAGUACACGGUCACCUCACAGACCUGGGGAAGAAGAGGAUCAUUUCCACCCCCAGACCUGCAAAAAUAAAGGAAAUGGGAUGGCAGCUUGGAACGGUGCCAGGUGUAAGCCCCGCCCCUUUCUCUACACGCCCGCCCUCAGAGCCAAUCUGCUUGUCUGAUUCGCUGGAUGAGGAUCUGGCCACGAACUCUCUGGACUCCAUCGCUCAGGCUCUGACUCUCCUCAACAACUCCGCUAACGGCAUGAACCCAAACUCCGCCCCCAGCACCUCCUCCUCCUCCUCUCCUGUCGUAGCGAAGCCCCUCCCACACGCAGCGAGCCCCACCCCUUCCUCACAGUCUUCCACGUUGAAAGAUGUCUCUUCAGUGCAAAGACAGACAGUGACGCCUGCUAGUAGACCCAGCAACGCUAGCACGAACACCACGCCCGCCGCUAAGCCCCGCCCUCCUCCGACAACCACGCCUCUCCAGAAGCCGUUUGGCGCAAUGGGGGUGAAGUCGAGCCAAGCCACGCCUCCCACGGCUCAGACGAAAAACCCAUCGAACAAAUUGUGUGACGGCGGCACACAGCAGCCGAGUUUAAAGUCUGUAAACCCCAAAAGCUUUCAGCAGUUGACCACGCCCCUUUCGCAAUCGUCGCCCCUCCUCCAGAAAAAGGCCACGCCCACUGGACACCACCAGCAGAGGUUUAUAACGCCCAUGCAAGCCACGAUCACGAAGUCUUCCCAAAGUAGCAACUCUCCAAUAAUCAAACUCACACACCGCCCUCCUGCUCAGACCACGCCUCCUGGCUCCGCCCACCGCCCUCCUGCUCAGCCCACGCCUCCUGGUUCUGCCCACCGCCCUCCUGCUCAGCCCACGCCUCCUGGCUCCGCCCACCGCCCUCCUGCUCAGCCCACGCCUCCUGGUUCUGCCCACCGCCCUCCUGCUCAGCCCACGCCUCCUGGCUCCGCCCACCGCCCUCCUGCUCAGCCCACGCCUCCUGGUUCUGCCCACCGCCCUCCUGCUCAAACCACGCCUCCUGGCUCCGCCCACCGCCCUCCUGCACAGACCACUCCUUCUGGCUCCGCCCACCGCCCUCCUGCUCAGACCACGCCUCCUGGCUCCGCCCACCGCCCUCCUGCUCAGACCACUCCUUCUGGCUCCGCCCACCGCCCUCCUGCUCAGCCUACACCCCCUGGUUCUGCCCACCGCCCUCCUGCUCAAACCACGCCUCUUGGCUCCGCCCACCGCCCUCCUGCUCAGACCACUCCUUCUAGCUCCACCCACCGCCCUCCUGCUCAGACCACGCCUCCUGGCCCUGCCCACCAGCCUCCUGCUCAAACCGUGCCUCCUAGCUCCGCCCACCGCUCUUCUGUUUCUACUCCUUCCCCUCCUAGCACCGCCCACCCCCCUACUAUUACCACUCCCUCUUCUGGUCACGGUAAUCGCCUUCCCGCCUCAAAUCCUCAAAAUCUUGGCCCCGCCCACCGAUCCCCUGCUUCAACACUUCCUCCUUCUGGCUCCACCCACCGCCCUUCGGUCUCGACUCCACCCUCUCCGAGCUCCCACCGCCCGUCGGUACAGACUCCUCCGAGUUCCGCCUACCGCCCAUCUGUUCCCACCCCGCCUCCUAACCUCGCUCAUCGCUCUCCAGUGGCCACGCCUCCUUCCGUUUCCUCCCCCGCCCCUUCCUCUUCCUGUCCGUCUGUCCCGACUCCGCCCACCCAGUACAACCCUAAGAGUUCAGGGUUCAAACCACCGUUCAGCCCUGCCCCUGUAGCCACGCCCCACACUUCUAGCUUCCAGGACUGUAACCUCACUUCCUCAUCUGUCACGACCAAUCACGGACAGAGGCAGAGAGCAGUGGGAGGAGCCAGUCAGAGCAACAAGUCUUCAGCCAAUUGUGCCUCGGCUUUGGGACUGCCGUCUCUGUCUGACUCCGCCCUCUUAAAUCAGGUGUCGUCUGUGCCGCUGGGAUUGGGGAUGUUCGGCGGUCUCGUACCUGUCUCACUGCCCUUCCAGUUCCCUCUGCUCAACUUCGCCCCCCCCGGUGCAGCCACACACGCCCCCAGCUCAGGAUACACACUGCCUCCGAACCUGUUUAAGAGUUUGCAGUCAGGUGUGCAGGCUGCUCUUCCUCCUCACCUGCAGCUUGCUUUCUCAGAAUCGAACCAAAGUCAGGGAGGAGACGUGAAGAGGAAAUGAGACGAGACGUGAAUGUAACCACAAAACCCCCUUCACAGAGCUGUUAUUAAAUACAUACAACAUUCUCUUACUACAUUAUUAUUAUUAUUAUUAUUAUUAUUAUUAUUAUUAUUAUUAUUCUGACUGUAGACAUGAGGAACUGUGGUUGGUUUUGCUUCCAUUGUGUGCGAAGCUUCUGGACCUAAUCGAUAGAAAUGACACGAUCCUCCAGUAGAAGAUUUCUCUUUCGAACCCCUUCAGAUCCUUCAGGCACAAAAAAACAAACAAACAAAAAAAAAAACACAUACGUUAAUACGAACUCACGUAAAAUAUUGCCGCAGAGGGGUGGAGUUCUUGUUUUACUGGUGUUUGGGAGGAGUUAGCGUCGACACCCGAGAUGUUAUAUGAGUGACUUCCUGUGUGUUAGCUCGUUAGUAGGAAUUGUUUACAAAUGAAUUUGAUGAAAAGACAAAAAAAAAAAAAAAAAAAGAGUACAAACCCAGAAAUGUAGCUAAAUUGUUCCACUACACUGCACUCGUCCUGACUCCCGCGCCGGCUCCGUGUAGCAACACGUCUUUAUAAUAACAAUAAUCUGAUGACCUAAACCUAGAAUAAUUAAUUUGCUGAAAUAUAUUAAAAAUAAAAACUUAGAUGCUGAAAUCUAUGGCACCACCAGGGGGCGCUGAAGUGCACAAACUUUAUUUACUAUAAACUGAAUAAUUACGUACAUUUAGUAAAGUAGCCUGCAUUUUAGAUUUUUUUUUUUUUUUUAACUUUUAGCGACACUAUUUUUAUAUGUUUGCGCAGGUCAUGUGACCACGGCGUGGGGUCUGAAGGGGGUUUUAGAGCCGAGCGGAGGAGCGAGCGGGUCGUCGACAUUUCUGAUUUUGUCAGUAUGUUUACAUAAGACCUUAAUCACUGUGGCAGGAAGUGACAUAAUUUAUAUUUGUAUUUAAGUUUGUGCUGCUGGUGCUGUGUGUGUGUGUGUGUGUGUGUGUGUGUGUGUGUGUGUGUGUGUGUGUGUGUGUGUUUCACAUUUCUACACUCGCUCUUUAUUCCGCAGAACGUUAAAGCGACUCGACGUUGUGUUUGCUGUUUAGAGUUUUUAAUAAAUGCUUCAGUUAUUUAUGAGCUUUAACACACAGUGACAUUUCAGGCUCAUUCAUGAUUAAAUACUAAAGUUUAUAAAUAGAAAUAUAAACAUCUCGAUUAUUAUAUGUGUGUGUGUGUGUGUGUGUGUGUGUGUGUGUGUGUGUGUGUGAGACCGUAAUAUCCCUCAGUUGCUCAAUGUUUCGGUGCUGUAGCCUCACACUGGACCUUGUUAUGAAACUUGAAGUUGUUUUUAUUUUUAUUUUUUAGAGAGAGAGAGCGCGAGUGUGUGCGAGUGUGUGUGCGAGCGUGUGUGAGUGUGCGCGAGCGUGUGCGAGCGUGUGUGAGUGUGCGCGAGCGUGUGCGAGUGUGUCAGCUCAUACUUGAACGUUUCUUUUCUGAAGGAUUUUUAGUUCAGUCACGUUGCGAUCAGGCGUGUGCCGAUAAUCAGCUCUACAGUCUAAUCGUGGUGAUAAUAAUCACGCUGUUGCUGUUAGCUGACGCUCUGCAUCCAGAAGAAGGGACCCUAGAAGGUAGUGUGCCUCUCUAGGGUGUGAUUUGUAGUGCACUUGAUUACAUCUAAUCCCUAAAAACUGCAUUACACUACACAGGAAAAUCAACAGCCCUGUGUAGUGCACUAUAUUUCCCACUCCCUCAUAAGUGCACUACGUAGGGUUUAUAAUAACUUACAGGAAUGUUAUUCUCCCUAAAUCCUUUCUCAGCUUGUUCCCUAUGUGAAGUGCACAUGGAAUAUACCUACCUCUGUAUACGUAGUGCCCUACAUAGGGUGUAAAUUUAAUACCACUUGUACUCUACACUAGUUUACGUUCACUACAUAGGGUAUCAAUAACGUUCUCCACCCUACCUAGUGUCUAAGAUGAUGAAAAGUGUAUGUAAGUGCACUAUGUAGGGGAUAAAUAAAAAAAUAAUUCUUCCUACACCCUAUGUAGUGUACUAUAUCCAAUAAGGGCGCACCAUGGAAGGUUUUACUGUCUGUAUACUCCCUACAUAGGGCGCAUGAUGUCCCCUAUACCCUAAAAGAUACUGAUUAUCGUCACAUGACUGCAAACUGAAACGCCUUCGAUCGUGAGAUUAUAAACUAAUAAACUAUGCAGGAUGCUUCAAAUGCAAAAAAAAUAAACAAACACAUGCUUCUCAACUGUUAGUGUGUGUGUGUGUGUGUGUGUGUGUGUGUGUGUGUGUGUGUGUGUGUGUGUGUGUGU